UACAGUAUAACAUAAACAGCAGGACCACAGCCGAAUAUUGACACCGACGCUGAGUACGGUCCUCCCCGACACGGACAGCACCCAGGGGAGACAUGGUUUCUCCGGUGACAGUGGUGAAGAGUGAAGGCCCAAAGCUGGUGCCAUUCUUCAAGGCGACCUGUGUAUACUUUGUCCUGUGGCUGCCCACCUCAAGCCCGUCCUGGUUCAGCGCACUGAUCAAAUGUCUACCCAUCUUCUGCCUCUGGAUGUUCUUACUGGCUCAUGGGUUCAGCUUUCUAGGUGCUCACUCCAGCGCCCGCAAGAUCUUGGCUGGCCUCAUCUUUUCUGCUCUGGGCGAUGCCUUUCUCAUCUGGCAGGAGCAGGGCUACUUCGUCCACGGCCUUCUGAUGUUUGCCAUCACCCACAUCCUCUACUCAUCUGCCUUCGGGAUGAAGCCCAUUAACGUGUCCGCUGGCCUGGUGAUCACUGCCGUCUCUUCUCUGAGCUACAUGCUGCUAUACCCCUACCUGUCCGGCCCCUUUACCUACCUGGUGGCCGUCUACAUCGCUCUGAUCGGCUUCAUGGCCUGGAGAGCCAUGGCGGGCCUGCAGCUGGCCAACGACCUGUGGACCUGGACCAAGCUGUCUGCCUGCCUGGGCUCCAUGCUCUUCAUGGUCUCCGACCUCACCAUCGCCGUCAACAAGUUCUGCUUCCCCGUGCCCCAUUCGCGCGCCAUCAUCAUGGCCACCUACUACGCCGCCCAGAUGCUGAUAGCGCUGUCGGCCGUCGAGUGCCAGGACGCGGAGGUGGCCAGGAAGAGAACGUGAGGUGCCGCGACGUCUGCAGUGAAAGCCCCCGUGUGAUCAUGGACACAUCUCACUGCCAGAUCCCCAGCCCUCAACCCUCAUCUCAUUGGGCGCUCAUCAUUGUUACCAUGACGACUGGUUCACUACAGUCUACGCAUGGCUAUCACCCUAUUACCCAACUAGUAUGGUAGUCUCACACUUGUCUUCUUACCACGACGGUAGUAUUAUAUUCAACCUCUCCUUGACAACAGUCCUACCUGCCUUCUCCAAUCCUAGAGUGGCUGUCUCUCAACCUAGCUACCAUGGAGACAAACGUAGUGAUAUUAACCUGCUUCAUAUAUAGAGUAUUACUUUACUCUGUUAUGUUUUAAUUUAAGGGGAGCAUGUCACUGGGGACCUUCAAGGAGUGUGUGUGG